GACCCACAGCUGGCCGCUCGUGCAGCCCGAUGACUGCAGCAUGUGCUGUUUCACGCGUUUUGUUGCAUGAUCAAAAAUUCUCGCGGAAAUUCCUAUAAAUACAACUUGUGAGAAAUACAUCUCCAGGGUAUCAUCGCAACCAUCUCCCCUAUAAACCCGAUCCCCGUGAUGGCUGGGGGGAGAUGCGCUCGUCCUCGGCGAUAAUCGAUAGACGCAUGCAGGUAGCCUUCCUCCCUACACACGCAGCAUCACCACGCAUCCUUACUCCACUGUGCACUCUCUCUUAUUUUCCUCCCCAUCACCACACAUAUGAGAAAUCGCUCGUGGGGGCCCUGCCUAUUGAUCUCUAAACAUCUGGAACAGCUCAUAUUUGUUUUACAAGGCAGAGGCGAGCAGUCUGUGUCCGUGCUGGAGGAGUGAGACAGCAGCAGCAGCAGCAGGACGGACCACUUGACACCUUGCUUCACGACAUCGAUAUGCAGUAGUGUGAUAGCAGCUCUGCGGAGACGGGAAGGCCAGUCCAUGGCAUCUUGAUAUUAAAACCGUGGGCUCUGCGCAUUCCUCACCGACGGCGUAGUCUUUUUUCUUCUUCUGCGGAGUCGAAAGGAUUAACUUGGCCACAUAAAAGCGGCGAGGGAGGAAAUCUUAACAAUAAUUCAGUUUGACCAGAUUCUGUUUGGGGGGGAUUCGUGGGAUAUCAUUGGACCCGCGAUGGACUCCAGCGCGGGGGGAUAUGGCAUGGCUCGUCUUGGAUUGUUUUUGGUUUUGAUGGGGCUGUGGAGAUUUAGCGAUGCUUGCCCCGCAUCCUGCACUUGCAGCAUCUCAAGGAUUGUUUGUAUUGAUUCUGUCCCAGGGAUCGAGGAUUUCCCUGUCCUCACGUUAGAUGACAUGGAAAACAUCACCGAGAUAUACAUUAUGAAUCAAAACCGACUGUUUGACGUCAACGACAACAGUCUGCGGCACUACAUCAACCUCAGGAACCUCACAGUGAUGAGGACCAGGCUGACGUCCAUCUCGUCAGACGCGUUCUACAACAACACCAGACUUCAAUACGUAAAUCUCCGAGACAACAACCUGUCGACUCUGUCCUGGAGAACGUUUCAGAACUUUAACUCGACGCUACCGCUCCUGCUGUCUGGUAACCCUCUGGACUGUGUGUGUGAGAACAUGUGGAUCAAACUGAGGCUCCUGGAAGAAAGCGACAGUCCAGAUCUGAAAUGCAUCGACGAGCGAGGAGCGCCGAAGGCCUUCGCCACACUCGCUCCACCAGACUGCGUGGUUCCCAAAGUAGAGGUCACCCCGAAGACUGUGACGGAGAUGCAGGGGCGUAAUGUCAGAGCUGUGUGCAGCGCCUCAGGCUCCCCUCCUCCUGAGAUCCUGUGGAACAUCGACUGGCUCUCCACCCACCACGAGAUCGAUCCUUCGGACACGGAGAGCAACCUCACCUUGUCAGACUUGUCUCCUGAUGAUCAUGGGAAGCUGAUCGUAUGCAGCGCAGAGAACAUGGUCGGUCAGAGCGAGGCCACGCUGCGGCUCAACAUUCUCUUCGCCCCCACCAUCCAGCAGCUGCUGGAGCCGCUGCAGGACCACCAGUGGUGCAUCCCCUUCAGCGUGACGGCGAACCCCAAGCCCGAGCUGCAGUGGUACCACGAGAACGAGGCUCUCCUGGAGCAGGACCACAUCCGCACCAAGAUCCACCUGGCCACCGAGAGCGAGUACCACGGCUGCCUGCAGCUGGUCAACCCCACGCACAUCCACAACGGCGUGUACAGGCUGGUGGCCAAGAAUAAGUUCGGCCGGGACGAGAAGAAGGUCUCUGCCCAGUUCAUCGAACCGCCCGACAUCGACCACACAGCAGAAGACCCCUUCUACUACUACACCACCGACUCGCCGCUGCCUCCGCUGGACGACAGCGUCGCAGUGUACGUCGUUGUGGGAAUCGCAGGAGUCGCGUUGACCGGCUGCGUUCUGAUGGUGAUCAUUCUGAAAUAUGGGAGAAACUCCAAGUUUGGUAUUAAAGGCUCCUCCUCAGUCAUCAGUAAUGACGAUGACUCUGCCAGCCCUCUUCAUCACGUCUCCAAUGGCAACAACACCCCGUCGUCGUCGGAGAUGGGUCCAGACGCGGUGAUCAUCGGGAUGACAAAGAUCCCCGUCAUCGAGAACCCUCAGUACUUCCGUAACUCUGGCAGCAUGCUGAAAUCUGACACGUUUGUGCAGCACAUCAAGAGACACAACAUCGUGCUGAAGCGGGAGCUGGGAGAGGGCGCCUUUGGGAAGGUGUUCCUCGCCGAGUGCUACAACCUGACGCCGGACCAGGAGAAGCUCCACGUGGCCGUCAAGACUCUGAAGGAGGCCAACGAGAGCGGCCGCGCCGACUUCUACAGAGAGGCCGAGCUCCUCACCAACCUGCAACACGAGCACAUCGUCACCUUCUACGGCGUGUGUGUAGAGAGCGACCCGCUCAUCAUGGUGUUUGAAUACAUGAAACAUGGUGACCUCAACAAGUUCCUCAGGUCUCACGGUCCUGAUGCAGUGCUCAUGGCAGACGGUCAGCACAGUAUCCAGGUGGAGCUCACCCAGUCCCAGAUGCUGCACAUUGCCCAGCAGAUUGCGGCUGGCAUGGUCUACCUGGCCUCGCAGCACUUUGUCCACAGAGACUUGGCAACCAGGAACUGCCUGGUAGGAGAAAACCUGCUGGUGAAGAUAGGAGACUUCGGCAUGUCCAGAGACGUUUACAGCACAGACUACUACAGAGUGGGCGGUCACACGAUGCUGCCGAUCCGCUGGAUGCCCCCAGAGAGCAUCAUGUACCGACGGUUCACCACAGAGAGUGACGUGUGGAGCCUCGGCGUGGUGCUGUGGGAGAUCUUCACCUACGGCAAGCAGCCCUGGUACCAGCUGUCUAACAACGAGGUGAUCGAGUGCAUCACCCAGGGCCGCGUGCUGCAGCGGCCCCGCUCCUGUCCUAAAGAGGUGUACGACCUGAUGCUGGGCUGCUGGCAGAGGGAGCCCUACAUGAGGCUGAACAUCAAGGAGAUCCACAGCAUGCUCCAGAGCCUCGCCAAGGCCUCACCUGUGUACCUGGACAUACUGGGCUGAGGCACCGCUGCUCCUCACAGAGAAUGAGGACUCGGCGGUGUUGAGCUAAAAAAAGAAGAGAAGAAGAAGAAGAAGAAGAAGAAGAAGAAGAAGAAGAAGAAGAAGAAGAAGAAGAUGAUGAUGAUGAGCACAGUUUUGUUUUAUUUUUUCAUUCACCAGCAAUGCCAUUUAGCAGAUGUUUGUUGUUCGGUGGCCCACAUCUGUACGUGCUGUGGUUGUGUACGCAUCUUCAGACGCAGGUUUCAAAUGUUGUGGCCGUCGAUGACUUCCUGGUUUGAGAACAUCUGUUUGCGAUGGAGAGGACUUCUGACGCUGUGCACUGACGCGAGCUCAAGUUGUUUUCAGCACUUUGCUUUUUGUAUGUCAUAUAUUUACAUUACGAGAGCGUACUUUGAAGAUGUCAUUUCUGAUUCUAGAGGAAGAGGUCGCAGCAGAAAGGAUUAAUUAAGAGUGUGGUUGCCCUUAAAGUGUCCCGGGGGGGGGGGGGGCUUUCACGUCUCUGCACUCCGGGCGUCGCUAAAGCACAUCCGUAGGCUUUUAAAAUGCGUCCUUGUGGUUAAUUUCCCAAAAUUAUCUUCAAUUGUUUUGUUUUGAGAUCAAAAAGAGACAAAAAAAAAAUCUCAAAUCUUGAAGUGUUGGUUCGAGUGAGAAGUUACGAACUUUCUGUAUUAAUCUUUGCAGAACAGCAGAAAGCGUUCAUUAAAGCAGCUCGUGUUUCCCUACAGGACACCUGAAGCAGCACCUGCAGUACUAACACGUCUCCUCUUCAUGGGGGGUAACUCCGCCAACAAUCAGUUUGUAAUUCAUGAUUAGAUAUUGCAGCGGUUAUUACGAAACGCGGGAGUUGUAAUAUUUGUAUUGAUUAAUUCUGUAAUAAUCUGUGCACGUUAUAUUUUUAGGAAGGCUAAGGAAUAUUUGGAUAUAUCUUUAUUUUGAACUAAUUGAAUCUUUUUUGAGUGAUUUAGCAGAAACAUUGUUUUAAUAUUACAUUUUGUAAUAACCAGUGCAAUAUGUAUCAAUAGAAAUGUUACACAUGUAACGACACGCACCAUGAUGUUGUUAUGAAGUGUAUUCUCUUCGCUGACACACUUUGUAGCGACGCUCAACCCCCAAAUGCACAACCUGAGCGGCGGCACAUUCUGCACGUAAAGAAAAAGAUUUCACUGUUACUGCGACUGAAGCGUGACGGUCGCUGUCCUCCAUGAUUCAGCGUUGGUUCUGUAUAAUAGUCACGUGUCUGCUGUACAUACAUCGCUGUGCAUUCUGUACAGAUCUGAUAUUUGUCUAUAUCAAUAGUAGGCUAUGUUUAAUAGUAUAAUCUGUUUUAAGCAGGUAUCAUGUCAAAACUGUGCGACAUCCAUGGAAGACGAGCUUGUUAUGGGCCACUGGCAACACAUAUUAUAUGUAAAUACGAUUUGAUUUGUGCGACAUUGUAUGAUUUCUUUGUGCUCGUUCAUGACACCGGUGAGAACACGAUCCUUUCUUUGGCAACUUUUGAUCUGCAGAGGACUUUAUUUCAACAAUGUGUUUUGUUUUUGUUUUUUUAAAUAAAAAAAUGUCCUCUUUCCUCUGCACUGUGACGGGCGCUCACACAGAGGCUGUUAGAGACGCUGCAAAGACUCUGAUCUGAUGCACCAUCAGGAUCUCUCCGAGCUGACGGGCGUCCCAGCAGACGUGUGGCCGAUGUCGACGAGGUCAAAGGUCAGGACGACUCCACCACUCAACCUCUGACUGACUGUAGCCUAUCUUGAUCCUCUUUCAGAUGAAUAACUGUGACUUUGCAUCAUGAAUAGUAUAUUAUUUUGAAUGUAAUCUAGAAGGGUCGGGACCUUUUGUGAAUGUAAUCUAUCUUGAGGAGGGGGGGGGGGGGGGGGGGGUUAAUGAUUAUUUUGUAAAUAUAUGGUAAAUGAAAAAAAAAAGAUUACAGUUUUCAUUCCUGUGCAGAUAACAAAUUUUACUUACUGUGUGAAUACAAAGAGCGUUUGUGUGUGUGUGACUAAUGUCUCCGAGACGGUGUGUGUGUGUGUGCGUUUGCACAUGCAUCUUGUAUGCAAGAGUGUGUGUUUGUGAGUGUGUGUUUGUGUGUGUGUGUGUGUGUGUGCUCUCCUGGCAGAUUUAAUCCUGCUUUAAUCAGCCAGUUCUAUCAAUCAAUUCAAUGCUUUGUGCAUCAUGUGAGUAGCUUAUCCACAAUUAAUGGAAAUGUUCCUUGUGAUACUGUGCAUUUAAUAAAGGUGGUAUGUCUUACAAUAUG